AUUGCUUGUAUACCUUUUACGACGAUAAAAUUUUUUUUUAAUUUUUUAAAAUAGGAUUGACGUAUAAAUAUUCUUAUAAAAUUGAUAUAUUUAUGUUAAACAAGUGAAUACGUAAUAAUUAAUAUUACAAGUGAUAAGUAAUAGAUUAUAUCAAAUCGUUUUGUUUAACUUAUAACCAUAGACUAGAUUAUUAUUAAGUACUUAUAACCUACUUUUUAUUUUUACUCCUAUUAAAAAACAUAUUUUUCCUCGAUUUAAACUAAGUAAAAUAACUAUAUCUAAGUCAUAAAAAUACUAUUUUCAGUUAUUAUUUAAAAGAAAAAAUCAUGGAAAAUAGUUUGUUAGAAGCAAUUAAAUCUGGCAACAUGGGAUGUCAUUCAGAAUUAACCAUUAUUCCUAUAUCUCAAAGUUCUAAAUCAAACAAUCCAUAUGCUGUAUCAUCUACUUCUCCACAAAGUACAGUUUCUUUAUCAUUGGUUCCAAAUUCAAGUAGUGGAAAGAGCAAAAAUAAACAUUCAUUACCAUCUAAUUCUCAUGGAACUACUCCUCGUAAGAGAGGAAAAACUAGUUUGCCUAAUAUGAAUCAUAUGCCUUAUGAUAUGAGUAAUUAUAACCCUCUGUUAGAUUUAACAAUGAAUCGUAAACACUAUGCUAAUUAUACGCCACAACCUGAACAACAAUGGCCUUUUAAUUUACCUUUAAAUUAUCCUGAAUUUCUAAUGAAUCUUAAUCAAGCUAAUAAAAGAAAACCUUAUGCUUAUGAACAACCAAAAGAAAAGAAUGUAGUAAAUUUUAAUAAAGAAAAUUCACAUAACAAAAUAAAAAAUUAUAAAAAUGAACAUAUGCCUCCACCUCCUCAAGCAACAUCUGAUCGUAUAACUGGACAGCUUGAGAAUGUUGAAAGAACUUUUGACAUUGAUUCAUUGAGCUGCGAAGAUGGUUGGGCAAAAUAUAAAGAAUUAUUAAGUGUCAUUGAAGAAAUGUCUGGUUCAAUUAGACCGAUAUACACAGGAUGCAAAAAUUCAACAGAACGAUUGAAAAAAUCUAUUCACAAAGCAAAAACAUUAGUAAGUGAGUGUUUGAAAGAAGUGGAAAAAGUAUCCAGACAACUAUAAUACUAAACUGACUUAUUUUGUUGCAUAUUUUUUUUUUCAUAGAAUUCAUUUAUUCUAAAAUUAAAAAAAAAUAUAUUUUCUAUUUAUACUUAAUACUUUGUUUACACAUAUUUUGACUGUUGAUGAUAAUAAACAUCAGAUCAAAGAAAUAGGCUAUUGAUUUAAUUUACUGUUAAUAAUAUUAGUUGCCUUAGUUUUUUUUUUUUUUAUAAAAUGAAUAUUUGUUUAAUGUUUAAUAAUGAAGAAUAACAUUUAAUAUAAUUAUAAUGGAAAAAAGAAUUAUAGAAAAAUAUUUACUUGAAAAAAUAAUACAAUACAGUAAUUUUAAUAAAAAUUCGAUAUGAUAAAUUAAAUCACCAUGACUGACCGGAAUAUUAAAGGGUAGUUUUUAUAUUAAUAUGUAUACAUUAAUAUGUAUAUUGGUGAUAAAGUAUUAUAUGAGGCCUUUAUCUAAUAUUUUCAUUUUCAAUUUGUCAGGGUAUUUUUAUAUUGUUAAAAAGUUUUGCGAAAUAUUUCAAUAAUACAAUACUAAUUAUAUUAAGUAUACAAAAUUUAAUUAUAUUUUUUUUAUGUAUUAUUUUAUUUAAAUAAUUAUAAUAUUUAAUUGAAUAAUUCUGCUUCAAAAAUAUUAUAUUUUUUACUUAAUUUAGGCUCUAAAUGAUAAAGUUAAUGGAUGAGAAAUAAGUUCAUAAGCAAUUGUUUAAUUUAUUAUAAACCAAGAUUUAAUAUAACUUUGAUCAAAAAGUAUUUUAACCAUUAUGACUAAAUAUCAAUUAUUUUUAUUUUAUUGCUUGCAAAUAUUGGUGAUGAAUUAUUUUCAUAAAUAAUUUAAAAAAAAAGUAAAUAUUUUAGAAAAAAUUCAUUGCACAAUCAAUUUUUUAAUCAGCUAAUUAAGUUUAGGUUACUAACAUUGCACAUUAAUUACUUUAUACUUCUAAAACUUAAUAUAAUCUUACAACAAUCAGUUCUUACAAGAAU